AUGUUUAGUUCCACAUUUGAGUUGAUCACUCUGGGUGCUUCCAAUUCUGCCGUCGUCUUUUGUUUCUGCAAUUUGAUCAUAGCCAUUCUGCUCGUUGGUAGCUCAAAACCCGGCUCACGCCUCAAUGAAGAUGAUGCUAUUCCUCCUGCAACAGUUGCCAAUGGAAACCAGAGUGACACGGGAAGAACAAAUGUCAAUAUUUCAUUUGGAAAGAAAAAUGCAUUGACAGACAGCAGCGAAGUGCCGUAUGUCAACGUAGCAGUGGUCAACGAUCAUGAAGGGAGUGACGAUGAAGGGAACGACGAUGAAGAAGAUGAUGAGCUGAGGAAAAGAGUGGAGGAGUUCAUUGAGAAAAUCAACCGAGGAUGGAGAAAAGAGAAAGGCUUGUAA